AACGUAUGCACAUGCGCAGUAAGCACCUAAACAUAAGUUCAUUGCUCAACAAGGGAAAGAAGUCUUUGGUUCCACGUCUCUAUCCAUUUUUCUAUUGUCUGCGGGACAAGAAAAGCCUUGGAAGAUGACUCGUGGAAACCAGCGGGAUAAGGCCCGUGAGAAGAACAUGAAAAAGCAGCAGCAGGUUGACAAGCAAAAAGCUGCCAAGAAUAAGACAGGCAACAAAGGCAUGUCCCUUGAGGAGCGCCGACACAGGGAUGCAGAGAUAAUGCGACAGAAACAGUCAAAGAAAGGUGAAGGUGAAGGCGAUGGCGAUGGUGAAGGUGAAGGGGCCGUGGGGGGUCAGUGACCUGUUGACCCGUAAAAUGCCCCUCUGAGAGUGGAGUUGGAGUAGGGAAAUACCUGUUGUCUUACUUGACAAAGAACUUUGGUGGAAAGUCUUGUGAAAUGUCCUUAUCACUGUGAAUACAAUCAUGUAUCAUAACAUUCUGUUAUCAGUUCUGUAAUAUAUAUAAAAAACACUGUUAACAUUGUAGCUUCUGUAUGGAUUUUAUAUAUUUUAUGUGGCUAUAGUAUUUGAAAUGGUUGCAGGUUUUAUGAAGUCUCUUGAAAAUUUGGUCCAUUCUUUGUGGGAUUAACAAGACUGGAAUUUUUCAUAACCAUGACCAGGCAGACUUUUUUAUACAAAAGUGAAUAGUCAACAGCACAAAUAUGUAGGAGAUGACAUUUUCUAUAAUUCUGAGGUUCCUUUGUAUACCCAUAUCAUCUACAUGCAGAUGGCCUCGCUGAGAAAUGUCGAAUAAACCAUGUUCAGAUGUC